GCCUAGCACUAAACGUCCGUCCCUCACGGCGGGAAGAUACCGAGUAGACUGACACCGCGCAACCGAGCUCGGCUGUCCUAGCUAGGACGGAUUGCAGGAUAGCAACUGCGCAUGCGCCAUGGGGGAGGGCCGAGAAGAAGGCGUACCCCGCGCAAGCGCUUGUAGCUAGAGGCUGGACGGUUGAGCACCAGGCGUGAGCCACUGGAACAGAGAGGCGCUCGCAACGCGCAGGCGUCAACGGACGCCAGGUGGGGACGCCAUGGGGCGAGGGAAGCCUGGGCCAGUGCAGAUUGUCUUGGUGCACAAGGAAGCCCACUCCUUUGAGCUGGAUGAGAAGGCGCUGAGCCGAGUGCUGCUGCAGGAUUCCAUCCGGGACAUGGAUGUAGUGGUGGUGUCAGUAGCUGGAGCCUUCCGGAAAGGGAAAUCUUUCCUGCUGGACUUCAUGCUGCGUUACAUGUACACUCAGAAGGAAGGCAGCAUGUCCGACUGGCUGGGGCAAGAGGAUGAGCCCCUGCUGGGGUUUUCAUGGCGUGGGGGCUCAGACCCUGAGACCACUGGGAUCCAGAUCUGGAGUGAGGUGUUCACUGUUGCAAAACCAGAUGGGAAAAAGGUGGCAGUGGUUUUGAUGGACACCCAGGGUGCUUUCGACAGCCAGUCGACCGUCAAGGACUGUGCCACCAUCUUUGCGCUCAGCACCAUGACCAGCUCCAUGCAGAUCUAUAACCUGUCCCAGAACAUCCAGGAGGACGACCUGCAGCAGCUGCAGCUCUUCACAGAAUAUGGGCGCCUAGCCAUGGACGAGAUCUUCCUCAAGCCAUUCCAGACCCUGAUGUUCUUGGUCCGGGACUGGAGCUUCCCAUACGAGUACCCCUAUGGCCUGGAGGGAGGAAGGAAAUUUCUGGAGAAGCGAUUGAAGGUGAAGACCCAUCAGCAUGAGGAGAUCCAGAACGUCCGCAGGCACAUCCACUCCUGUUUCACCAUGGUCAACUGCUUCCUCCUGCCGCACCCAGGACUCAAGGUGGCUACUAGCCCCGGCUUUGAUGGGCGACUGAAAGACAUUGCGGCUGAGUUCAAGGAACAACUCCAGCAGUUCAUCCCCUUUGUGCUGGACCCUGGACAGCUGUUGGAGAAGGAGAUUAAUGGUUCCAAGGUCACUUGCCGAGGCCUGCUGGAAUAUUUCAAGGCUUAUAUCAAGAUCUACCAAGGAGAGGACCUGCCUCACCCCAAAUCCAUGCUGCAGGCCACUGCAGAAGCCAAUAACUUAGCAGCUGUGGCAUCUGCCAAGGACAUGUAUUACAACAAGAUGGAGCAGAUGUGUGGGGGCGAUAAACCCUACAUCUCUCCGGAGAUCCUGGAGGAGAAGCACCAGCAGCAUCGGGCAUCAGCCCUAGAGCAUUUCCAGAAGAUCAAGAAGAUGGGGGGGAAGGAGUUCAGCCAGCGCUAUGAGGCAGAGCUGGAGAAGGAGAUGACUGAGCUCUUUGAGCACUUUGCCAAGCACAACAAGAGCAAGAACAUCUUCAGCACCUUCCGCACUCCGGCCGUCAUCUUUAGCGCUAUCAUUGCCCUCUACAUUAGCUCGGGCCUUACUGGCUUCCUGGGGCUGGAUGUGGCUGCCCAGCUCUGCAACUGUGUGGUGGGGCUGCUGCUGAUCGCACUGCUGGCCUGGGGCUACAUCCGUUACUCAGGCCAGUACCGUGACUUGGGUGUGGUCAUUGACACCACUGCUGACUUCGUCUUGGAGCAGGCCACUUCCCGCGUGGGCAAUGCCACCCGGGCUGCUGUAGCUGACACAUCGGGUGCAAGGGCUCCAGCGGACAAGAAAACCCAGUGAAGCCUUUGUGCCAAGGCCAAGUUGGGGCAUCACAAAGUCCUGUGCUCCUGCUGCAGCUGGCUGGGUGCGGCUCCAUGCCUCCAAAUCUAGACUCUUCUCUUCUUUCAUUCUUGUUUCUUUUCCCCUUCAUCUUUUUUGCUUCCCCACCCCCUUUUUAUUUUUUUUGCACUUUAAAAAAAAGACCAACUGCAGCUUUAACCUUCUACCUGUGCCAGCCAGUGCCUUGUCACAGAGAUGGGGCAGCCGGACCCCACCAGACUUACA